CAACCCUCCUGUAAAACACAAUCAAAUACUGCUGCUACACACACAGACACACUCGCUGCCCAAAAUCCAGAUCGCUCCAACCUUCAACGGUUCUCUCAUCCACCAAACAUCAGGCUCUAAACAGGCCACUAAUACUAUGGCAAGUAAUCAUGGCGGCAAGGGUAUUGUGGAUUCUGGGAGCAGCGAACUUAACAAUUCUGAAACCACUGUUGAGAUAAAGAUAAAGACUUUGGACUCUCAAACAUACACACUGCGAGUAGAUAAAUGCGUACCUGUUCCUGCACUAAAGGAACAAAUUGCUACAGUUACUGGCAUAUUAUCUGACCAGCAACGUUUAAUAUGUCGUGGCAAAGUUCUCAAGGAUGAUCAGUUACUUUCAGCUUACCAUGUAGAAGAUGGACAUACUUUGCACUUGGUUGCUCGACAGCCGAUUAACCCAUCACUAUCAACCGUUCCAGAUCAUACAGCAGGUGAUCCAGCUUCAAGUACUAGACACGGGCCCAGUGUGGUGGUUGGAACAUUCAAUAUAUCCGAUCAAGGUGAUGGCAGUCUUCCAGAUUUUAGUCGGAUUGUUUCGGCUGUUCUCGGAUCUUUUGGAAUAGCAAAUGCUGGAAGCGGUGGUGAUGCAGUAGAUUUGCAACAACACAUCUCCGAAAGGCUUUCACGGAUACCUGGCCUAAAUGAAAUAAGAAAUUCCACUGGUCAACAACCCGAUGAUGCUUCCGGAAGAAGUCAACCUAAUUCUCAAAGUGCUGCUUUCACUAUUCCAGCUAGUGCUUCUAUGGACCCUUUGCAGCUCCCUGUUAUUCCUGAUUCUCUGACUACCUUAUCUCAGUAUUUAACGUGUUUGGGACAAGAAUUUAAUGAAAAUGCUAGAAUUCAGGGCAACAGUGCUGGUGAAGAAUCAAAUGCUGCACCACGUUCAGCCGCUGGUCCGGGCGGAUUACCGACACCAGCGGCUCUAAGCGAAGUGACUCAGUCUACAAGACAAUUGCUGAUUGAGCAAGCCGGAGUAUGCUUGACGCAAUUGACCAGACAAUUAAGGGACCAAACGAAUGUAACCGAUCCCGUGACACGGUUAAGGAUGCAGUCAAAUGCGUUGAGAUCAGGUGCACUUUUGCAAAAUUUGGGCGCUUUCUUGCUUGAGCUUGGGCGCACAACGAUGACGCUUAGAACAGGGCAGACACCGACUGAAGCUGUGGUUAAUGCUGGACCUGCUGUUUUCAUAUCUACAUCUGGUCCAAAUCCCAUUAUGGUUCAGCCUUUACCUUUUCAACCUGGAACCAGUUUCGGAACGACACCUACGGGCCCCGGUACUAGUUUCUCUUCAGGCACCGGUUUACGCCCAAGGAAUAUUGAUAUCAGAAUACGUACCGGUUCAGUGUUGUCGUCAGCUGCUAAUCAAAGAGAAGCAAAUGGCGGGGAACGGUCAGCAGCUGAGUCAGCAGCUUCUGAUGGCGGUACUUCAAAUCAACAAGCUGCCUCGGGAAAUGUGCGGGUGGUACCUAUUAGGGUUUCUACGUUGCCACCUGGACUUGCCGCUUCUGAAUCAUCUAUUGGUUUGGUAGAUAGAAAUGGAAGUCACCAUCAUAAUGGGGAAAACAGACCCCAUUUGGCCCCUAAUCGUACAGCUCAGCAACAACCACCUGAAGUUCCUGGUACAACUCAUGGUCGAACUUUUUCUACAGAGGUUCCUAGUGGACUUGGUCAACUGCUGAGAAGUUUAUUCACCAGUGGCCAGAACAAUGACAACAGCUUUAUCUUUCAGGGAACAAGUGUUGAAACUGCUCACACAGCUGUCAAUUCCCAAGAAACGCCAGCUGUCGGUUCCCAAGAAACGCCAGCUGUCGGUUCUCAAGAAACGCCAGCUGUCGGUUCCCAUGAAACGCCAGCUGCCAGUGAUGAAGGGACAUUUCUGGCUAACUUGUUGCACCAGAUUAUGCCUGUUGUGACUCAGCACAUUAAUGGUGGAGGUGAUGUGGAAGAUGGAGCUGCACAACCUCCUUCAAGCGUUGAAGAGAACCAAAACAGAGGUGCAUCUUCACGCCAGCCAGAUGGACCUUCGUCUCCUCCGAACCCGAAACGGCAAAAGACAGAGUAAGUAAUUGCAAGAGCAAGUUGAAGCAUAACAUGGUUUCUACAACGGGUAUCGAGAUCCAAAUAGCUGGUUUGACUAGACCAGAUUUCAGUUGACCGCCUAUAGGCGAUGAUGCAUCAAUCGAUGAAAUCCGAGUUCAAUACACAUAUUUUCCUUCCCUCCUGUGUUUUGAGUAAACAAUUGCAUGGCAAAAUGCUGUUUUUGAUUGUCGUUUCGUUUGGUUUAAUAUAAUAUGUUGAGAGAAAAUUCAUUUGGGUAGACUUGUGCUAAGAAAUCUGAGAGCAAUUGGGGCUACUUUUAUAAU